GAAGAGACAAUGGAUCCACCGAUAUCAAUGGCGCUGUACUGAGGGCAGUGAAAAUGCUGGAGAAAGAAAGAAAAGAUAUGAACCUGCCAGAAAGGAGUACAGAUAUGAUUAUUUUACUGACUGACGGGAUGCCCAACAGCGGGGAGUCAAGACUUCCAAACAUUCAGGAGAAUGUGCGCUCUGCUAUCAACGGGAAGAUGUCUAUGUUCUGUCUUGGAUUCGGAAAUGAUGUGGUAUACUCCUUCCUGGAUGUAAUGAGCAAACAAAACAAGGGAGUAGCCCGCAGGAUCUAUGAGGGUUCUGAUGCAGCCGUACAACUCCAGGGUUUCUAUGAUGAGGUGGCCAACCCUCUGCUCUUGGAGGUGGACCUGCGUUAUCCUGAGAACGCAGUGGACUCCCUGACGACUAACCACUACAGCCAGCUGUUUAACGGCUCAGAGAUCGUGGUUGCGGGUCGACUGACCGACAACGACCUGGACAACUUCAUGGUGGAAGUGUUCGCUCAGGGGUCUGAAGAAGACUUUCAGGAACAGGGAAAGGCCAGUGAGAUCAAUUUAGAUCUGAUCUACCCUGAGCAAGAGUACAUCUUUGGGAAUUUCUCUGAGCGUCUGUGGGCCUACCUCACCAUCCAGCAGCUCCUUGAGAAAAGUGACAUUGGUACUGAGCAGGAGAAAGGCAAUGGGACUGCCAAGGCCCUGGACAUGUCUGUGCAAUACAGCUUUGUCACCCCUCUCACCUCCAUGGUGGUCACUAAGCCUGACACUGAGGAUGGACCAGACAGCCCUCUCAUCGCUGACAAACUGACUGAGGACCAGCGACAGAAAGCAGAAAAACACACAGCUUCUUCAGCCAGUGGGAGACGACAACAUAGUCCUAUUGCCGCCAAAUCUCAGGCUGGGGCUAGCAGUUCCAGUAGUGGCCGUCGUCCUACAAGUAGCAGUUCCCGUGGUAGCAGUAUCCGUGGCAGCAGUUCCCGUGGCAGCAGUUCCCGUGGUAGCAGUGCGGACGGGGAUCCUCACUUCAUGAUAGAGCUGCCAGACAGAGAUGAGGCUCUAUGCUUCAACAUCAACGACAAACCAGGAACCGUUUUCAACCUGGUCAGAGACCCAAUACCAGGCUUUGUGGUGAAUGGACAAAUUAUCGGCAGGAAGAAAAUUGAUCCGCAUGGUAAGAUCAAUACCUACUUUGGCCGUUUUGGUAUCAUCCACCAGAAGCUGGGAGUGAGGCUGGAGGUGAGCACGCAGGAAAUCUCAGUUUUCCACGAAGGCAAGCAGGUCAAGCUGCUGUGGUCCGAUACAACCUCUAUCAAAGAAAACAAGUGAGUAACAUUGCCUUACA